AGCAUACAGUAUUUUAUGUUCCUUGUCUUUCCUUCUCCUCUAGCUCCAGAGACCCUCAUGAGAGCGUUGGAGUUACUCAACUACUUGGGAGCUCUUGAUGACAAUGGGGAACUGACUGAGUUGGGUGCUAUGAUGGCUGAGUUCCCAUUGGACCCACAACUAGCUAAAAUGAUAAUAGCAUCAACUGAUUAUAACUGCUCCAAUGAAAUACUGUCAAUAACAUCAGUCCUUUCUGUUCCCCAGGUAUUCAUUCGUCCCAAUGAGUCCAGACAGGCUGCUGAUGAAGCUAAAAUGAGAUUUGCUCACAUUGAUGGGGACCACCUCACACUCCUCAAUGUCUACCAUGCUUACAAACAAAAUCGAGAGGACACCCAGUGGUGUUAUGAUAAUUUCCUCAAUUAUCGCUCCCUCAAGUCGGCGGACAAUGUCCGUGAUCAGCUCUCUAGAAUAAUGGACCGGUUUAAUUUGAAAAGGACAAGCACUGACUUUAGCAGUAAAGAUUAUUACACUAACAUAAGGAAGGCACUGGUGGCUGGCUUCUUCAUGCAGGUAGCUCAUUUAGAAAGAAGUGGUCAUUAUCUAACUGUGAAGGAUAACCAGGUUGUACAGUUGCAUCCAAGCACUUGUCUUGAUCACAAACCAGAAUGGGUUCUUUAUAACGAGUUUGUACUAACUAGCAAGAACUACAUUCGUACAUGCACUGACAUUAAAGGAGAUUGGGUCCUUCGUAUUGCUCCUCAAUAUUAUGAUCUAUCCAACUUCCCUCAGUGUGAAGCUAAACGUAUCCUGGAGAAGAUCGGGGCAAAGCUUGAGUUACAGCAAACCCAGGGCCUCUACUAGUGAAGAGGAGUCACUGACUGGGGGGAGGAGAUGUUUUCAGAGUAUCAUUGACAUUAGUGUUAUUAUUCAAAAGUCUCAGAAUAAUAAUAAUAAUAAUAAUAAUAAUAGCAAAAAUAACAAUAAUAAUGAUUAACUGGUGUUCUAGGUGUGGUGUCUUUAUGUG